AGUUCUGAGACGCCGCUUCCAGCUCCGCUUUGGUGUUAUGACUUCGCAGGAUCGAAUUGGCUAAACAGUCGUCACCCGGACCGCAGUCCCCUUGCGGUUUGAGGAAGCAAGACCCCACCGAGCCACCGUAGUCGCCUCUCCAUAGUGGGCGGGGCCAAGGCCGGGGUGACCCUGCCGGAGCUGCCGCUGCCAGAGACAUGUUCAAGGUAAUCCAGAGAUCCAUGGGGCCAGCCAGUGUGAGUCUGCUCACCUUCAAAGUCUAUGCAUCCUCGAAGAAGGACCCUCCUCCCAAGACUUGUGUGAAGGUUAAUGAGCUUUCACUCUACACUGUUCCUGAGGGGCAGUCUAAAUAUGUGGAGGAACCAAGGUCUGCACUUGAAGAAAGCAUCUCACAUUUCCGACAUUAUUGUGAGCCAUAUACAAGAUGGUGUCAGGAAAUGUACUCCCAAACUAAGCCCAAGAUGCAAAGUUUGGUUCAGUGGGGGUUAGACAGCUAUGAUUAUCUCCAAAAUUCACCUCCUGGAUUUUUCCCAAGACUUGGUGUUAUUGGUGCUGCUGGUCUUGUUGGGCUCCUUUUUGCUAGAGGUUCAAAAAUAAAGAAGCUGAUAUAUCCACCUGGUUUCAUGGGAUUAGCUGCCUCUGUUUAUUAUCCACAACAAGCCAUUAUAUUUGCCCAGGUCAGUAGAGAGAAAUUAUAUGACUGGGGUUUACACGGAAUCAUAGUUGUAGAAGACUUUUGGAAGGAGAACUUUCAAAAGCCAGGAAAUGUGAAGAAUUCACCUGGAAAUAAGUAAUACUCCCUGCUCUGCUCAUUUUAAUCAGUUAUAGGCAAACAUUGGAAACUCCAUAAUGUAAACUGUUUCUACAGAAAAAUGACAGAGAAAUCAUUAUUGAAUGUAGCAAAUUUGCUUUCUACUUCAGGACAAACAAUAUACUACACCUCUUUGUUAAUCUUGGAUGCUGGUAUACUACAAAUGGACUAAUCUGAAAUCCUUUCACAUAGAGAUAAUGUACAAGCCUUAGAACUCCUUGUUCUCAUGUUGCUAUUUAUGUACAUAAUUAAAAUUUAAGUUAAAGAA